CCUGACCGAAGUUUGUGACGUACCGUUUUUAUUGUGGUGGUGUGCUCUGCGGCACAAAGACAGUUAUUCCUCGUGGAAUAUAAAGUGUAAUUUGUGCAAAGAAGCAUCUGCCAACCGAGCGAUCUUGUUUAUGUUUUUCUUGUUUUUUGAAGCACGGUGUGUAAACAACGCCAUUGUGGCUCCAACAGAGGCAGCUUGAAUUGAACUAUAGAUAAGACGGAAUCAAAAUGGCGGAACACAGAUGCAGUUUCUUAUGCUCAUUGGGCUGUGAAGUUCCGUAGUGUAAUUGGUCAUUUGGAAUGUCAAUUACCCCUAAAUCCCGCCUACUUCCCCGACUUGUGUUCUGUGGUUCGUCGGCUGAGGAGACUGAGUGUCGGUGAAAAUCGUGACAAGAGUGUGGCUGGAAAAAAACCUAUUUAUAUUUUGUUUAAAACAAAAGCACAUUCUCAUUCCCAAAGUAUGGACACCCAGCUGCAUCCAUCUGUUUAAAUCACCCUCAACCUGCCUGAAAAUCGUAUUAAAGUUGGACCUCACCCAUGAUUGAUCUGUUUGGAUCGAGUGUGUGCUUGACGUGAGUGGCCAGUGUAUGUGUGUGAAGCAGAGCUGCAGCGAGAGAGAUGGGCUCGCGGACCGGUUGGGUCCCCGGGGCUCCCAUGGUGUGGAAGGCUGGGGACGCCCCUCUCCCCUCGCUCACAGGGCUGGAGGUAAAGCUGGGCUCCCUGGCUGUGCUGCUGGUCAUGACCCUACUGUGUGGCGUCAUACCCCUCUGUGUACUGCGGGGCUCGGGGAGAAUCAACGUGGCCACCGCCACGCGCAGGACCGUGCUCAGUCUGGUGAGCUGCUUUGCAGGCGGUGUGUUCCUGGCUACCUGCCUGCUGGACCUGGUCCCUGACUACCUGGCCGGGAUCACAGAGGUGUUCGACAGCCUCCAGGUCACUCUCCAGUUCCCCCUGCCUGAGUUUAUCAUGGCUAUGGGCUUCUUCCUAGUCCUUGUGAUGGAACAAAUGGUGCUGGCCUACAAGGACCAAUCAGCCAGCUCCCUGGAGGAGAGACGGGCCCUCCUGGGGGACUCCAGCAUCCAAUCGGGGAGCUGGGAUCAUCAGGAGCCUGUCCACAGGCACCAUGUUCCCAGUAGGGGGGAGGGGGACAGGGAUGAGGGGGGGAUCCAUCUGCACGUCGACUUCAACUCCCACUCCGCCACCCGGAGCUUGAUCCUGGUGGUGUCGCUGUCGCUGCACUCUGUAUUUGAGGGCCUGGCCGUGGGGCUGCAGGCGCAGCGGGAGAAGGUGCUGGAGAUCUGUGCUGCCCUGCUGAUCCACAAGUGCGUCAUCGCCUUCAGCCUCACCCUGAAGUUGGUGCAGAACCGGCUGCGGAAGGGUGUCGUGGCGGCCUGCCUGCUCCUCUUCUCUGCCAUGUCUCCCCUGGGCAUCGGGCUGGGCAUCACCCUGACGGAGAGCGCCAGUGCCGUGCACCAACUCCCCCGCUCGGUCCUCGAGGGCAUAGCGGCCGGGACCUUCCUCUACAUCACCUUCCUCGAGAUCCUGCCCCACGAGCUGGGCUCCCCGGAGAAGCGCGGCCCCAAGCUGCUGCUGCUGCUCAUGGGCUUCGCUGUGGUGACCGGGCUCCUCUUCAUCAAGAUCUAGAGAGGCUGGCUGUGCACUGGACAUGGAAACGUGUGUACCCAGACUCCACCAUCACUGAGGAAUGUCCUCGCCAGGUUUCAUCACAGUUGUUAAAACGGUUUCUGAGAUAUACGAAAAAAUGUGACAGACCUACAGGCGCUGGGGAUUCUGCGGGUUACGGGGGCAAAACUAUCAGGGACUGGGUCACCUCACCACAUAGAGCUCCUGGGUGUAGAGAGGUGAUUGGUUUGUGGAUCGGAGGACGCCCGCUGCCCUUUCGUUCUCCUGAGCCGUUGUGGGCAGUUGCUGAGUUGAGGGAGCGUAGUUGGACAUUCCAAAUAGGGGAGUAAAAUAAUCGAAUAAACUGUUCUAAAGCUGUGAUACUUAAUUUCCAUAUCUAUGUAAGUGAUGUAAUUGUGAUAAAGCUUGUUAUACUAUGAGGAUGUCGAGUGGCUCCCCUGUAAAAGCACCAUGAAUCCUGCCAGCACAGCCCGAUCACACUCUUCACCUGGGGACAUACAGGGCUGCUGCACUGUCAUGGGGCUCCAAUGCGGUUGGGAAUCAAGUCGUUUAAGCAUGGAGGGUAAAGAGGAGAUUGGCUUGACCGUGUGAUCAGAGGUGGCUCGUUGACCUUUAGUCCUCUUGAUCAUUAAGUGUUCUGCAGCCGAUUUUGAAAAGAAAAAACAAAUACAAAAAAUACAAUCAGAUUUGAAUGCAGUAUUAGACUUGCUUAGAGCAAGUAUGAAUCCUGCCUGUUGAAGGCUGCUGUGUGUCUUCAGAAACAAUAAAACAACUUUUUGCAUGUUUUAACAGAGGGGGGAGGGGGGUUGCAAUAAGACACCUGGCCGCCAGUGUAUAGAGACGGGGGUCUGUGUAGCUCCACUAUUUCCACAGUGGCUUGCAUCCUUGGGAUGUUGACGUAAUCCACAGGGGGAAGCAGAACACGGGGAUUGAAAGCACUUUGUGGUGAAUGACAGCGUGAGUAUAUGCUUGCUGGCUGUUUUGAUGCCAUGACAGACCCCACCUGCCACGGUUACUGCCUGUUCAUUUUCAAUUCCACGCUGCACACAUAUAUCAGUGUACUAAUGAACCACGUCACAUAUCCAUGUCUAAACAGGGUGGCGGAGGUGCUUAGAAACUGAUACAUAUAAUUAGCGGGGCCAACAUAAAAGUUGUAGUAUAAAAUGACUUGCAGUAUAUAUUUAUAACAAUAUUAUAACUUUUUAUUUUGAAGUACUUUCAUUGUUUGGCUUGUUUCCUAGAUAUGCUGUUAUUUGUUCUUACAUGGGUAUGUAUAAAGAACACGUACCUGGUUUUCAUUGAUUGAUAUUUUACCUGCAUUUCAAUUACAGUGGGAACUACAUUUGAAUACACAGUGUAAUAAUGUUGCUAUACCAUGGGAUCCAGAUAGCUCAUGUUAAUAGUUUUACCUUGGUCCUGUAUUUUAUCCAUCUGUAUUGAUAUACAUUAUUCACAUCAGAAUAAUUUAAAUAGUACUGGAAAUAAUGUAGUUUAAUAUAGUCCUUGUUGUAGCACCACACAAUUUGGUACACUAAACCAUGGGUACGUCAAAGAGAGAGGGCAAGGGUUAAAUGGGCAUUUAGAGAAAGGGUGCUUCCUCCAGUCCAGGGCAGUCUUGAGGUAUUGAGACCCCUCCCUCACCCCCUAAGAGAAAGGGGGCUCCCUCCAGUUUAUAAGUUAAAUGAAAUAGAUAUAUUUCAUAAAAUAUUUUGAUUGAUUCCGUAGUAUAUUACAUAUGUAUGCACAGUGUUAUUUCAGUAUGCAUUACAAAGUGCAUCGAAGGAAACAAAAUAGCACUAAGAUGUAACUAAUUGUAAGACAUUUUAUCUUUAGGUUUUUUUAAGGAGAAUUAUGUAUGGGGUUAUACAGAACUGACACAAAUAAUAUUAAUGGAUAUUUUAGUUUUCACUUAUUCUGUACAUGAUUUAUUUGUGCUUGUGUGGAGAAAGGCCCAUCGAUAAAGACACAGUUGUUCUUAAUUUGUUGCAUUAGUACAGCGUGCAGUUUGGAUUUGAAUCACUUGGGCACAAAACAGCAAGGAGAAGAGGGCUUUGUCACAAUAAGAACGCAAUUUCCACUAUGACCCAAUUGAGUGGGACACAGUGGAAGCUAAAGAGGAUCUUUGAUCUACAUGUUCAUUUUAAUACAGUAGUUAAUUGCUUACCUCUUUAAUGUCAUGUGUGUCCUCCGUCAUUCUCUUAGAAUAUUUAGUAAACCGGGUAAUGAACAUUCAAGCAAAGAUGUAAGUCUCCAACUACUGUGUCUUCUGAAAAGACUCCCGCAUGGUGUAUUUGAUAUUAAACAGGUAAGAGGUGUAGAUGGGGUCACUUUAAUGUGCAGCACACCAAUUUAAGUCCAUUCUAAGUGUUUUGUGAUCACAGUAUCAGCUUGAGUGUAUCGGUUCAUAGUUUUGCACCAAAAGCGAGCAGAGGCGAAAAAAAGAACUAUAUACCCUAUUCUUUAAAAUAUCACUUUGCAGUGCAAAUUUGAAGAACGCAACCACUUAGCAACUUGCAAAUUGGUACUGCAAUUUAAAGGCCUGUAGUGUCAGACUGGUAGUCCCUAACUGAUUCAAGUGUUUUUGGAAUGAUUCUAGCAAAGACUGAUUUAUAAGAAAAAAGAGAGAUUGACAAACAGCAUUUUGUUUUAUAUGCAGAAACGGGCAACUACAAGAGGGUGUCAAACAAGCUGUGAAUGUCUUAGGAGGCUACAGAGUACCUCUGGGUAUGAAUCCACAUGCUCGCAGUACCUGUUCUUAGAUGUCCGAAACCACUGUAUCGCUGUAUAUCUGUAUACCCUAUAAAUAUCACUUUUUAUUGUGUAUUUGAGGAACACAACCAAUUACAAACUUCUUUUGAA